GUUAGGAUUGCAGCUCCGUUGAAGGCGCGGCCCCCGCUCCCGAACCCCCGGCGACCACCCCGUAACAACCCCCCCACAUCGGGAAUAACACACCGGAGACUUUUGGGGGGAAACUAGGUCGACGGCCGGCGGCGCCCGGAUGGGCAGCUGAGGAUUGCCUUUGAGGUUAUUUUAAAAGUUUGGGUUGUACAGCACUUGAUUCUUUUGCUCCAUUGUGGAAAGUGCUCUCCAGCAAUGAUUACUUCAGAGUUACCAGUGUUACAGGAUUCAACUAAUGAAACUACUGCCCAUUCCGAUGCUGGCAGUGAACUUGAAGAAACAGAGAUCAAAGGAAAAAGAAAAAGGGGUCGUCCUGGCCGGCCUCCAUCUACAAAUAAGAAACCUCGAAAAUCUCCAGGAGAGAAGAGUAGAAUUGAAGCUGGAGUUAGAGGGACAGGCCGUGGAAGAGCUAAUGGGCACCCUCAGCAGAAUGGGGAAGGGGAGCCUGUCACAUUAUUUGAAGUGGUGAAACUGGGGAAAAGUGCAAUGCAGUCCGUUGUGGAUGACUGGAUUGAAUCAUAUAAACAAGACAGGGACAUCGCACUUCUGGAUUUAAUCAACUUUUUUAUCCAGUGUUCAGGAUGUCGAGGUACUGUGAGAAUAGAGAUGUUUCGAAAUAUGCAGAAUGCAGAAAUCAUUAGAAAAAUGACUGAAGAAUUUGAUGAGGACAGUGGUGAUUAUCCCCUUACCAUGCCUGGACCUCAAUGGAAAAAAUUUCGUUCAAACUUUUGUGAAUUUAUUGGAGUCCUGAUUCGACAGUGUCAGUAUAGCAUAAUAUAUGAUGAGUAUAUGAUGGACACAGUAAUCUCCCUUUUGACUGGUUUGUCAGACUCGCAGGUCAGAGCUUUUAGGCAUACAAGUACUCUUGCUGCCAUGAAGCUCAUGACUGCCCUGGUGAAUGUUGCCUUAAACCUCAGUAUUCAUCAGGAUAAUACACAGAGACAAUAUGAAGCUGAGAGAAAUAAAAUGAUUGGGAAGAGGGCCAAUGAAAGGUUGGAGUUACUGCUUCAGAAACGCAAAGAACUACAAGAAAAUCAAGAUGAAAUUGAAAAUAUGAUGAACUCUAUUUUUAAGGGUAUAUUUGUUCAUAGAUACCGUGAUGCUAUUGCUGAGAUUAGAGCCAUUUGUAUUGAAGAAAUUGGAGUAUGGAUGAAAAUGUAUAGUGAUGCCUUCCUAAAUGACAGUUACCUAAAAUAUGUUGGCUGGACUCUUCAUGACAGGCAAGGAGAAGUCAGGCUGAAGUGUUUGAAAGCUCUACAGAGUUUAUAUACCAAUAGAGAAUUAUUCCCCAAACUGGAGCUAUUCACAAACCGAUUCAAGGAUCGCAUUGUAUCAAUGACACUUGAUAAGGAAUAUGAUGUUGCUGUGGAAGCUAUUCGAUUGGUUACUCUGAUACUUCAUGGAAGUGAAGAAGCUCUUUCCAAUGAAGACUGUGAAAAUGUUUACCACUUGGUGUACUCAGCACAUCGCCCUGUUGCUGUGGCAGCUGGAGAAUUCCUUCACAAAAAGCUGUUUAGCAGACAUGACCCACAAGCAGAAGAAGCAUUAGCAAAGAGGAGGGGAAGGAACAGUCCAAAUGGGAACCUCAUUAGGAUGCUGGUUCUUUUCUUUCUUGAAAGUGAGUUACACGAACAUGCAGCCUACUUGGUGGACAGUUUAUGGGAGAGCUCUCAAGAACUGUUGAAAGACUGGGAAUGUAUGACAGAGUUGCUAUUAGAAGAACCUGUUCAAGGAGAGGAAGCAAUGUCUGACCGUCAAGAGAGUGCUCUUAUAGAGCUAAUGGUUUGUACAAUUCGUCAAGCUGCUGAGGCACAUCCUCCAGUGGGAAGGGGUACUGGCAAGAGAGUGCUAACUGCCAAAGAAAGGAAAACUCAAAUUGAUGAUAGAAACAAAUUGACUGAGCAUUUUAUUAUCACACUUCCUAUGUUGCUAUCAAAGUAUUCUGCAGAUGCAGAGAAAGUAGCAAACUUGCUACAAAUCCCACAGUAUUUUGAUCUAGAAAUUUAUAGCACAGGUCGAAUGGAAAAGCAUCUGGAUGCUUUAUUAAAGCAGAUUAAAUUUGUUGUGGAGAAACAUGUAGAAUCAGAUGUUUUAGAAGCCUGCAGUAAAACCUAUAGCAUCUUAUGCAGUGAAGAGUAUACCAUCCAGAACAGAGUUGACAUAGCUCGAAGCCAGCUGAUUGAUGAGUUUGUAGAUCGGUUCAAUCAUUCUGUGGAAGAUCUAUUGCAAGAGGGAGAAGAAGCUGACGAUGAUGAUAUUUACAAUGUUCUUUCUACGUUAAAGCGGUUAACCUCUUUUCACAACGCUCAUGAUCUCACAAAAUGGGAUCUGUUUGGUAAUUGCUACAGAUUAUUGAAGACUGGAAUUGAACAUGGAGCUAUGCCAGAACAGAUAGUCGUACAGGCACUGCAGUGUUCCCAUUACUCGAUUCUUUGGCAGUUGGUGAAAAUUACUGAUGGUUCUCCUUCCAAAGAGGAUUUGUUGGUAUUGAGGAAAACGGUGAAAUCCUUUUUGGCUGUUUGCCAACAGUGCCUAUCUAAUGUUAAUACUCCAGUGAAGGAACAGGCUUUCAUGUUACUCUGUGAUCUUUUGAUGAUUUUUAGCCACCAAUUAAUGACAGGUGGCAGGGAGGGCCUUCAGCCUUUGGUGUUUAAUCCAGAUACUGGGCUCCAGUCUGAACUCCUCAGUUUUGUGAUGGAUCAUGUUUUCAUUGACCAGGAUGAGGAGAACCAGAGCAUGGAGGGUGAUGAAGAAGAUGAAGCUAAUAAAAUUGAGGCCUUACAUAAAAGGAGGAAUCUACUUGCUGCCUUCAGCAAACUUAUCAUUUAUGAUAUUGUUGACAUGCAUGCAGCUGCAGACAUCUUUAAACACUACAUGAAGUAUUACAAUGACUAUGGUGAUAUUAUUAAGGAAACACUGAGUAAAACCAGGCAGAUUGAUAAAAUUCAGUGUGCCAAGACCCUCAUUCUCAGUUUACAGCAGUUGUUUAAUGAACUUGUUCAAGAGCAAGGUCCCAACCUAGAUAGGACAUCUGCCCAUGUCAGUGGCAUUAAAGAACUGGCACGUCGCUUUGCCCUUACAUUUGGACUGGACCAAAUCAAGACACGAGAAGCAGUUGCCACACUUCACAAGGAUGGCAUAGAAUUUGCCUUUAAAUACCAAAAUCAGAAAGGGCAAGAAUAUCCACCUCCUAAUCUGGCUUUCCUGGAAGUACUAAGUGAAUUUUCUUCUAAACUUCUUCGACAGGACAAAAAGACUGUUCAUUCAUACCUAGAAAAAUUCCUUACGGAGCAAAUGAUGGAAAGGAGGGAAGAUGUAUGGCUCCCACUCAUCUCAUAUAGAAAUUCGUUAGUCACUGGAGGUGAAGAUGAUAGAAUGUCUGUGAACAGUGGAAGUAGUAGCAGCAAAACCUCCUCAGUAAGGAAUAAGAAAGGACGACCCCCACUUCACAAAAAACGAGUAGAAGAUGAGAGUCUGGAUAAUACGUGGCUAAACAGGACUGACACCAUGAUUCAGACUCCUGGCCCCUUGCCGGCACCACAGCUCACUUCCACUGUACUUCGGGAGAAUAGCCGGCCCGUGGGAGAACAGAUUCAGGAACCCGAGUCUGAACAUGGUUCUGAACCUGACUUUUUACACAAUCCUCAGAUGCAGAUCUCUUGGUUAGGCCAGCCGAAAUUAGAAGACUUAAAUCGGAAGGACAGAACAGGAAUGAACUACAUGAAAGUGAGAACUGGAGUAAGGCACGCCGUUCGGGGCCUAAUGGAGGAAGAUGCUGAGCCCAUCUUUGAGGAUGUGAUGAUGUCAUCCCGGAGCCAGUUAGAAGAUAUGAAUGAAGAAUUUGAAGACACCAUGGUUAUUGAUCUGCCCCCAUCAAGAAAUCGGCGAGAGAGAGCUGAGCUGAGGCCAGAUUUCUUUGAUUCUGCAGCUAUCAUAGAAGACGAUUCAGGAUUUGGAAUGCCUAUGUUCUGAAGUCUGAAGAAAAUUUACAAAUCUGGAACUCUAUUAUUUAGAGCUAGAGGCCUAUAUACUGUGAUAGCUUGUAUGGGGAGAAAACACUUUUGAUGUGAUCUUAUUUGUUUUUUAAUCAAAUGAUUGCGGUCAACCCCUUUUUGCAGUGACAGAAGAGGAGCAUGUAAAUUACCCAAGGGAAUGUUGGUGAAUGUCACCUCAGAAAGACUGACCUGAAAAAUCAUUUGUGUCCUAAUAUUGGACUUAUCCCAAUACAGAUGUGUGUGUUUUUCUGGAGGGAGGAAGAAAUUUUAAAUUUUUAAAACAGCUGUCAAGAUAAACACUGUUAUACACCUGUUUUAUGAAAACUCAGCACUGAGUAAAAAAAAAAUAUUUUUAACUUUAUUUUCCUGUUGUACAAUUUAAAAACCGUUUUAACAUUUUGCCUUUUUAUGUUUUAAAAGCUAACCAUUUUUAUUAAACCUAUGAGUAAGCAGCUCAUCCUAAUUGCCGAAGAGUGUUUUGGAGCUCACUGGAUUUGGUUGACCUUGUGGAAUAUAGAAAUAUGGUGGAGCAGAAUAUUGACAAGCUAAGAUGAGAUUCUGAUCGUGCAUCUCUGCCAAAAACCACACACCCUCUGUGGAUAUGGAUAUUAAUUCCAGAUUUUAUAUACUCUUGAAUAAAAAGGUUUAUUUUUAUUUAUAAGGGGGCAUAAAAUAAGAAAUGUCCAUGCAGCCAUUUUUCCAACAGAUGCUGUACACCGUUCAUUUUAUAUAGAAUAGGGAGAUUCAGAUACAGUACAUUUUCUAUUGGUAUUUGUUCUGUGCAUUUUUAGCAACUUCUACCAGCAAAUAAAGUAUUCUCAGUAAAACAAAAA